GCGGGGAGCAGGAAACCCGGCGCAGCCGGGCGCAGCGGGCCGCGAUGCAGCAGCAGCAGCAGCAGCAGCAACAGCAGCAGCAGCAGCAGCAGGAGUCGCCCCGGGGCAACAGCAGCAGCAACAGCAGAGGCAGCAGCGGGGGGCGCUGAGCCGUCGCUGCCUUCUCUGAGAAAGAAGCUAGUCCAGUCGCCGCCGCUCCCUGAACCCUGCGCCCCGGUCCCGGCGCCCCGACCCCCACGCCCGCCUCUGCCAACUUUCACGCUGCCUCGGCGGCCCGGCCCGGCUUGGAGCCAAUGGUGGAGGCCAUAGUGGAGUUUGACUACCAGGCCCAGCACGACGAUGAGCUGACAAUCAGCGUGGGUGAGGUCAUCACCAACAUCAGGAAGGAGGAUGGAGGAUGGUGGGAGGGACAGAUCAACGGCAGGAGAGGUUUGUUCCCUGACAACUUUGUAAGAGAAAUAAAGAAAGAUAUGAAGAAAGACCCUCUCUCCAACAAAGCUCCAGAAAAGCCCAUGCACGAUGUGUCCAGUGGAAACACUUUGCUGUCUUCUGAAACCAUUUUAAGAACCAAUAAGCGAGGUGAGCGACGGAGGCGCCGAUGCCAGGUGGCAUUCAGCUACCUGCCCCAGAAUGAUGAUGAACUUGAGCUGAAAGUUGGUGACAUCAUAGAGGUGGUAGGAGAGGUAGAGGAAGGAUGGUGGGAAGGUGUUCUCAAUGGGAAAACUGGAAUGUUUCCAUCCAACUUCAUCAAGGAGCUAUCAGGGGAGUCGGAUGAGCUUGGCAUUUCCCAGGAUGAACAACUAUCCAAGUCAAGCUUAAGGGAGACCACAGGCUCCGAGAGUGAUGGGGGUGAUUCAAGCAGUACCAAGUCUGAAGGUGCCAAUGGGACAAUGGCAACUGCAGCAAUCCAGCCCAAGAAAGUUAAGGGAGUGGGCUUUGGAGAUAUUUUCAAAGACAAGCCAAUCAAACUAAGACCAAGGUCAAUUGAAGUAGAAAAUGACUUUCUGCCAGUAGAAAAGACUAUCGGGAAGAAGUUACCUCCAACUAUGGCAACUCCAGAUUUGUCAAAAACAGAGAUGGACAGCAGGGCAAAGACCAAGGAUUAUUGCAAAGUAAUAUUUCCAUAUGAGGCACAGAAUGACGAUGAAUUGACAAUUAAAGAAGGAGAUAUAGUGACUCUCAUCAAUAAGGACUGCAUUGACAUAGGCUGGUGGGAAGGUGAGCUCAACGGCAGACGAGGAGUGUUCCCUGAUAACUUCGUGAAGUUACUUCCGCCAGACUUUGAUAAGGAGGGAAAUAGACCCAAGAAACCACCACCUCCUUCCGCUCCUGUCAUCAAACAAGGGGCAGGUACCACAGAGAGAAAACAUGAAAUUAAAAAGAUACCUCCUGAAAGACCGGAAACACUUCCGAACAGAACUGAAGAAAAAGAAAGACCAGAGCGAGAGCCAAAACUGGAUUUGCAGAAGCCCUCUGUUCCUGCCAUUCCGCCAAAAAAGCCUCGGCCACCUAAGACCAAUUCUCUCAGCCGGCCUGGUGCGCUGCCUCCAAGAAGGCCAGAGCGACCAGUGGGCCCACUGACACAUACCAGGGGUGACGGUCAAAAGAUUGAUUUGGCGGGCAGUACGCUAUCCAGCAUCUUGGACAAGGAUCUCUCAGAUCGCAGCAAUGACAUUGAUCUAGAAGGUUUUGACUCUGUGGUAUCAUCUACUGAGAAACUCAGUCACCCAACCACGAGCAGGCCAAAAGCUACGGGGAGGCGGCCGCCAUCCCAGUCGCUCACAUCUGUGUCCGACAACAAGGCAUCCCUGCCACCCAAGCCAGGGAUCAUGGCAGCCGGCAGUGGUGGACCAGCCUCUCUGGCCUCAAUGGUUUCCUCCCCCAUGUCAUCCUCUUUGGGAACAGCUGGACAUAGAGCCAACUCCCCAUCUCUAUUUGGCACGGAAGGAAAACCAAAGAUGGAGGCUGCAGCCAGCAGCCGGGCAGCUGUGGAGGAGCUAAGGACACAGGUCCGUGAGCUGAGGAGCAUCAUUGAGACCAUGAAGGACCAGCAAAAACGAGAGAUUAAGCAGUUACUGUCAGAAUUGGAUGAGGAAAAGAAAAUCCGACUUCGGUUACAGAUGGAAGUCAAUGACAUAAAGAAAGCCCUUCAAUCAAAGUGAAUACUUGAUAACUGAGAUGUCACAUUAUUCAUCCUGAGUCCAAGACUCAAAAUUUUCUGCCCCAGCCAAAAUAAUCUUGUGCCAAAAGAUUAAAGGUUUGCCUCACCAUGUCCCUGUUUGAAAGAUUAGCACAAAAGUCUUGAUAGCACAACACAAAUUCCAUCCAAGAGGAAAAUCUUCCCCCAUGGUGUAGUCCUGGGUCUGGCACUGGUUGUGACUUAGAGCAAAUUGUGCUAAAGGCUUUUCUACUUUGAAAUCUCAUGCGAAAUGAAAACUCAGGCAGUUUAGUCCAUUAGUGGUACUAUUUUGAUGAUAUUUUCCAUUAAUAAAAUGUAAUUUCAGAUUAUUCGUUUACAAAGUUUAUAAUUUUAUGAUUUUUACUCAUGUUUUGUCACAGAUGCCUCUAGUAUUUGUACUACACUUAGUCAGAAAUGAGCAUCUUGUUCUUUUGCUUCAGGUGGAAAGCUGCCUCGCUUUGUAUUCCCCUUUAGGAUUCUAUUACAUAUGCAAGUUUAGGUCCAACCUGUCCCUUCCCCUGCCAGCAGACCCUGCCACCCUAAGAGAAAUUUUAGCUUAUAUAUGAUGGUAUAUUUACAAAAAAUGAAAGAGAAAAUCUGGUAUUUGCAAUGAUCUGUGCCUUCUUUUUACCACCCUCUUGAUUGGAGCUUUUGUGAUGCAGCUACCAUGAUUCAAAAAAUUAAAAAUAAAGAAAUAAAAUUCUGCCACUUAUUCAAGUCCACUAGAGGCCACUGUCUUCACAGCUUCUCUCACCCUAGCCAAAGGUCCUAAGAGAAGGCAGCUGAGAAGUUGGAUGUGCUCUGUGGUGCCAGCUGUGACUUUUCAAGUUUCUCCUACUUUUGGGUUGUUCACACAACUAGAAAUGUUAUCCCUGCUUGAUUUUUCGUCAGCCAAGUUAAACCCCUGCUUCCUGUCUUUUGCACCUUUUGCGUGAACAGAAUAUGCAUUAUUAAAGCAAAAAAUACAAAAUAAAAGUAAAAUGCAAAUGAAAACAAUGGGGGGGAGUUGUAUUAUUUCCUGCACUGGGUUAUCUGUGUGUGUUAUUGUUUAAAAACUGUAUUCACAUAAUGUCAUUUGCCUUGCUCACUUGUAACUCCUUGGGUCCAAGAGAAUGGGAGGAGGGCCUUGUUGAAGUGUAGCCAUUGGAUCUUUCUUGCAUUUAUGGAAUUGCUUUUUGCUUACCAAGGAAACUGAUGUUUGCUUGUCUGGUUUAUCUUUGUAGCACAUGAACAGUUCAGCCUUAGACUAUGUAAGACUGUUUAGGAACAUACUGUAUUGCAAGAUUUUUCAGGGAGUGGAAGUGGAGGGGAUGGUCCUGAAAGACCCCCAAACUUGUUUGAUUUGUUUCUAAUCAGCUGCUUUGUCUACUUCUGGAGUUUUAUAGUGAAAUUACUGAACAUUAAUAGAUUUGCACAACUACAAAGAAUGAGAAUUGAUAAUACUGAAGGAAUGAUGCAAAAAAAAUCACCACGUUAUUCAGCAUUGAAAGUAUAACAAAUAAAUGUCACUUCUUUACUCUUCCUUCUCACUUCCCCUGCCUUGCUCUUGCCUGCAAGCUCAUCCUAUUUGUGGCUCUACCUCCUUCCCAGUAUUUACAGAACCUUAAUGUCCCGGUCUUCUGGGUGGAGACAGUUAAGGGACAGGAGUGUGUAAAAAAGAAGGUCACUUUCUUCAUCCCCAUUUCUGGAUAUCUUGCCAUUUUAGCAGUCUUGGUCUUGGUGUGCUUGGGGCCAGGAACACUAAGGGGCAGUACAAACAGUCCUGCACCCUUUGAUUGUUCCAAGUAUUUCUGCAUUAAACUUGAAGUGGAGAUUUCCCAUCAUCUAAUAUAAUAAUGAGAAGUAGAUUCUUCAGUGUUUGAAUUUCUCAUUUACUCAUCAAGAAAACCCCUAAUGAUAUAGUUUUAUAUAAUGUAUACAGAAUAGGGUUAAUAAUUAAAUUGAUUGCCUUGGGCAUCCUCACAGGGUAGUGGCAACGUGGAAUGUAGAGGGCUGAUUCUUCCCCUCGUAGAGACCACUGUCUUCCUUUGUAUAAGGAAAGGGAGAAGAAAUUGUAGAAAGAGAAGUUGGCAUAUCCAGCUUCAUUAUUGUCCCCUUGGGUUAACCAGCAGGAGGAUUGUGCAUCAUGGAACUGGAUGACCCAUUGCCCAAAAGGCCAUCAUCUUUACCCUUGACAAAAUGGAUCCAUCAAGAAUAUUGAAAAGCUUGGAAGUGUCACUUUUGAAAAAAAAAUUCUUUUGCAUUCAGCAUGGACUUGACCGGGCAUCUAUGGAGAUUAUUUUUUUGCUUCAUUUUCUAAAGUUGUAUUUAGAAAAGUCUUAAGUAUUGAUUGUGCUUUGUAAAAGAAAAUGAUUAAAAUGAAAUUUUGUGAAAAAUA